CAUUGACGCAGCAGUAGAAAGAGUUCACUAUUCCGUAAGAUACGUGUUAUGCUUGUUCUGUCCAUUAUUUGACUAGUUUUAGUGAUAGAAACUCCCAAAUCGCGAUGGCUUCGCUUCGAUCCUUUAUGAUUCGAAUGAAUUAUCUUGAUCGAUCGUCUCCGUUUAACAGCCGCAAGCGGCGACGACGCUAUUCGUCGGCUACUUCCGGCAGCUCGAACCUGUUUACCGAUCUCAACAACAACGAGCUCCUCGUACCGAUCGUCAAUCCAUCGCGGAGUCGUUUCAAGGUGUCAGCAUGCAUUUACAAACACAUCCCGUCGUCUUCCGAUGGCGCCAAAGAUUGUUCCAAAGAACAGUCUCCACAGCUGGCUGUGCAGAUAUUUGAAGGAUCCGAUAUUAAGCUACGUAAUGAACCGACCAUACCGGUGUCGAUGGAGCGAUUUCUAGCCUUCGUGCAGAUGGAUUGUCCGGAUGAUGUCCUCGUGUCGACAGCGUAUUGCGUUCCGCGAAUGGUUCCCGUCUCGAACGUGUCCUUCUCCUACGCUCACUACGACACGGAGCGGAUGGUUAAAACGAUCGUGCACUGCACGAAAGUUGAAUUCCGGCGUAGAUAUUUACCAGUCGCCAAGCAGUCGAUCGAGAACGAUCAGCACAACAACAACAACGAAGACGACAGUGGCCAGCAGGCGUGUUUCAUUACCUACGCAUGCUGGAAUGUUUCGGAGCAUUAA